CCUCCAUCUCUUUCGGUCUCCUUGCAGUCAAGCGCUCGAAACAUAUCGACAUUGCUGUAUCAUCUCUCUACAGUCCCCAUCCUCAAACACCCAUUUGCAUCCCCUCUCUCCAACACCAGCCCGCACUGUCUUUCCCAUUUUCCUUUUUUUUUCAUAUCCAACUCUUCCACUUCUCACCUCUCUCACCAGACACAUACGAUGGGCCUGAGCCCUAAUGGUGUCCUCAAGAUCUCCCUCUGGCUUCAGGCGGGAUCAUUGCUAGUGCUGACCUCACUGCUCGCAAACGUGGGUGCCUGGAUCGGCGCCGCCCUGACAGCCAUCGGAAUUUGCUUUGUGGUCAUUGGCCUCGGUGCCGCCCACAAGAGGAGUCUAGGAUAUCUUUAUUGUUACGCGACCCUGAUAGGCGUUUGGACCUUGCUCGUUGUCGCUCAUGUCAUCAUAAUCCUCGGAGGCAUUACUGUGCUGAACGAAUUGAUGGAUCCCGUGCUGGUCGUGGGCCAAAAGAUCGUCGACAACCACUCCGAUGUCAUGAAAAUCAUCGUGCCUGCCCUUUACGGAGUUCAGAGCAUCGCCUGGUGCGCCUCGCUGAUGUGUCUGGUAUCUUUGCGUAUGGGUGUCAGGGACCUUACGCUGGGAUUCGAGAUUCAGAGUCCCAAAAGAAAAUCAGGGACUCAUUCAUUGAACCCAGCUCAAGGAAACAAGGACGGCAGCAAGCGCGGGAAUCGCAUGAGCCAGCGAUUCUUGGGCUUGGGUCAGUCUAUGGUCGCACCUCUCGAAAACAACACUGAGACAUCAGAAACACAGGAACGGGAGAAGGCGAGGGGUCCCUUGGAUAUACAACGAGGACAGUGUCACGAAAAACAAUCCUCUGGUUACAAAAUGGAGGAACCGCGGAUGAGCUGGAUCAGCGAGGAGAGGAGAAUCAGCAACGACAGCAGCGUCAUCUAUGUUCCGGGGGGAAGGAGGAUAUCACAGGUGGUCGUUACAUUCAGAGACGAUGGUAUCGACGCUCGAGAUGCCGUUUCAUCACAUCCCUCCGCAGAGCUGAAAUCAGGACCAAGCAAAGAGGGAGUCAUUAUCGCCAGAACAGCCUUCAUCAACCAUAACUACGGUCUCGGCGACUUGGUAUUCGAUAAGCCUGGAGAGUCCCUUUCCGACAUUAUUUUCAAAGUUGUGAAACCUAUGCAGGAUACCUCUGUUUCCAAGGACUUCGAUGGGGUUAGCGACUCCGAGUAUACAGACAGCAAUACCGACGCAAAUUCUCCAACAUUGUCUACAGUGACAACUAUGGAUGACUUUGACAUGAACGCACAGGACGAUGAGCAGGAGCUCGUAGCAAAAGAUCUGGACGCCACUACCGACUCUACUUGCAACCCCUUCGACGGCUGGUCAUACAGUAAGGCGCCUCGGCAGAUCGAGGAUGAACGAGGGCAAGAGUCGGGGACCUUCGCAGGCGCACCAAUGAAAUGGCCUUCUACACGUCCACCCGUUCCAGCGCGUCGAUCUUCUUUCAGUCACCACAUCCUUGCUGGAGUACAGUCUGAACCAUCGUCUACGGCUGUUAUGGGCGCUAUUCGCGAGACUGGAGAAAAGGACUGGGCGGAUUCAAACACGGAAAGCGGCGACCACGAUCCCUACAGCCACAUCGAUACAAUUCCCAGAGUGCAACCCAACUCGUCGAAUACGCAUCCAUACCUGAUUAAUUCUUCAGUUCCGAGCGUCGAGGCAACCGGCGACGACGCUACGCAUUCUGCUGCUGCAAGCAAACCCAGAGCCGAGCUACCAUCUCGUCAGUACUGGCGGGCUCGUAACGACACAAACGAUGCCGAAGCCUAUUUUGAUAGCGACAGCUUUUCCUUCGUUUCCAACAUCCUUACUUCUCCAACUUCCAGUUCCAGUCCUGCCAAGACGGGCUCGAGAACAAAAAUCCAGCCAGCCAUCUCGACACCCACAUUAACAACACCACAAUUCACUAUCCCGACGAUUGUACUGCACCCGGACGAGGAAGAUAAUGAGCCGGUGAGAGUCCUCUCCGACAUGGAUAUCGAAUACCUAUCAACCAUGCCGCCAGUCCCACUCCGACUGCUGAUACAGCCUUGGGACGAAGUUAAUGAGGAGGAGUACUAUGAAGAGGAUAUCAAUGAUGGAUACGACUAUGAUGACUACCACCCAAGAUACGAACAGUAUCCAGACGAAAUGAAUUAUGACGACUAUGAGGAGGAGGAUAUACAAAGGGAGAUCGACCUUUUACAGGAGGCUGUGCAGAGCGGAUCUAUUGUUGAAACAAUCUAUGACCCCUAUGCGCUGGACGUGCCCAUCAAUCUGGCAAUUGAUUUGCAGGGACUGGAGCAAGGUGAUAUUAAGGUCGGGCAUGGAUAUGUCUAGCCUGUCAUAGGAUACACGCGUAGUCGUAUGAUAGUCUCC